AUGGGUACUGAAGAUGAGUCGAUAGAACAAAAAUCGGCUGCUCGAAAAGAGGCGCUUAGAGCUCUAAGGGCAGCUCAGGAACUUUCCGAGAGCAAGGAAGACGAACAAGAUGAUGCAGUCGAGGAAGAAGCUCCAGCGAUGAAGUUUAGGAAUUAUGUUCCCCAAGAUAAGGAGCUUCAGGAUGGUAAAGUUGCACCACCAGAGCUACCCAAAUUUGAAGAUCCAAUUGCCGCACUUGUACCUGCAGUCGAGAAGAAAGAGGACCCCUUCGUUAACAUUGCUCCAAAGAAGCCAAACUGGGACCUCCGAAGAGAUGUCCAGAAGAAGCUUGAUAAACUCGAGAAGCGGACUCAGAAGGCAAUGUCUAAACUCAUGCAGGAGCAAGAGAAAGAACGUGAGAUGGCCGAAGCUGAUGGAAACGCCAUGGAAAGUUAA